GGGGUAUACAUCUAUGCGUUGAAAGUUUUCGCAAUUCCGUUGUUAAAUCAAAUAUUUUAUUUAUUAAGCUUACAAAAUUAAAAAGUGGCUAGCAUAGUAGUGAAGUUUAAAAAAUCAAGAUACCAAAACACUAAAAACAAAAGAAUAAUAACUGUGAACUUUUUAAAUAUCGAAAUACCACAGACAAAAACAAAAGAACAUUGCUGCGAACUUUUAAGACUCGAAAUACCCCAGACUAGGAAACUUGAGCGCACUCAAAUUCACCGUGGCAUUUGACGAAGCUCCUAUAAGCAGCGGGCCCUGCUUGCUGCAGUCGACCAGCUCGCGACAGUGCUUAGCAUGUGCUCAUAAAGCUAAAUUACGAUCUGGAACAGCGCCAGAACUUAAACUAGAUCCUUCUAUCCUCGCGCCAAAGAUAAAAGGAUCAGUGAGGGUAGAAAAACAAUUUAAAGAAUCGGAAACGACGACGGAUUGGGAAGCUGUGGAGACGGGGAGUCAGACGGACGGUCCGGCGGUGUUGGACGUCCGGUCGGAGCCGUUGAAAAUGGCGGUCAUAAAACCAGACAGUGCGGUCCAGGAGGCACUGGAGGAUCGGGAUCCGAAUAAUUUAAAUACGCAUGUACAGAUAGUAUGGGACGACAUAAUCGGCGAGCCAGAAGGCGCGCGCAGCCCAGAAUGCGCUUGGAGGCUCAGCAAUGCUUGCUUUAAGCAUACGCGGAAUUGGUGCUACACGAUACUAGCUGUGCUUAUAGCGCCGCCGUGUGCACUAAUACUGGGCUGCGGCUUCGCCUGUCUUGCGUUUGAGCAAAUCUGGUGCACGGGCCCAUGCCUACGCUGCGUGAAGAUCUACUUCGCAUCAUUCCGUACCAUCGUGCAAUCCUGCAUGGCCGCCACCGUGGUACCGACUUGUGAGGCCAUCGGGCAUGUUUGUCGACAUAUCCGGGUUAACUUUAGGAAAGAGGCCCCGGAUGAGAAAGAUAUGCUUGUCGUUUAAUUUUGAAACGUUUCUACUGACUUGUACCAUUAAUUAGGCCAUUGGAUACGUUUGUUGGCGUAUGCGGGUUUGGUUUACUUUGGGAGGAAGUCCCGAAUGAGAAAAAUAUGCUAGUUGUGUAACUAUCCAGUUCGAUAUCAGACGUAGUUUUUUGUGUGGUUCCAAACGAUCGUGCAAUACUGGAUGGCUGCCAUUGUGGUACCAACUUGUGAGGCAUAUUUGCCGAUAUAUCCGGGUUAACUUCAGGAAAGAGGCCCCGGAUGAGAAGGAUAAGCUUGUCGUUUAAUUUUGAAACGUCUUUUUGAAUGAUCGUGCAAUCUUGUGUGUAUACUCUGGCAUAUCCACUUUGCCAGUAGAAAAUGUUGGCAAAUGUAAAAAACAUAUUUAGGUGCGAAUUAUCGAUCUCCAAUACUAAUUUUGAAUUUCGCUCCUUUUUCUACUGACAAAGUGGGUUUACCAGAGUUAGGUAACACUAGAUAAUUUGGGUCAAACACAUUUUAGAAAAAGGUCACUUCUGUUGACAAUACAAUCAAAUUUAACGACUCAGGUACGUAUAUAUCCCGUUUUUUUAUUUGAGUCUUAAGUACUAAAAAAAUGUAUCUGGCCUGUAAGGUGCCACGAAAAAUUAUUAGCUUUAGGUACCCUUUACUUUGCGAUGUCUACAAAAACGCGAACGAGUUUACUAAAAAAUGUGUAUGACCCAUUUAGGCCAUCGGAUACUUUUGGUGGUAUAUUCGGGUGAACUUUAGGAAGGAAGUCCCGGAUGAGAAAGAUAUGUUAUGUAACAAUCAGAUUUGAUAUCAGACGUAGUUUUUUGUGUGAUUCCAAACGAUCGUGCAACACUGCAUGGCUGCCACUGUGGUACCGACUUGUGAAGCCAUUGGGCAUGUUUGUCGACAUAAUAUAUCCGCGUUAACUUGAGGAAAAAGAAUUAAUCUGUUUUUUCAGGCAACUAUUGGCCCAUAGAUACCUUAAAACUAGCAUACCUCUCCUCUGCCUUUCUAAUUUGGAUAACAUACGUAGAUCUACAUAAGAAUGCUUAAGAUAUUAAAAUGAUGAAGUUGUACCUCUGUAUUUGUAUAUAUCUGUAGGUAUAUAUAUAAAUAAAAGUAAACAAACAAUUUGUACAUUUUCGGGUAGUUAUAAUAUUUAUUGAUUAACCAACCAAAUACAAAACUGCCUGGAUCUGUCACUGAACGAGCUGACUUUAAACCUACAUUAUUUGAUCAUGUAAUGUUUUCAUCUACCCUCAACUGGCUUAAGGAGCCAUUUGAGGGUAGAUUUUGUAUACCUUUUUUUUAAUAACUAAAGAUACAGAGUAUAAUGAUAAUACGUAUUUCAGAGGUCAGGGUUUUGGGUACUUUUCGUAGCGUGUCAUCUUUGUCUCAUAUUAACUUUAGAUUUGGUAAUGCCGAACGUGCCUUUACGAAAUCCAAAAGGCCGACCGCGAACACCGAAUUUCACAAAUUACGGGCACCUUUCUCUUAUACUCCAAUUAAGUCGAAAUUAGAGUGACAGAGAAAGAUGCGCGCAAGUUGCGAACUUCGGUGUUCGCGGUAGGCCCACAGAAAAAAAUUUUUUUAGGUAUGUUUAAGAAGCACAUAAAGCUUAGUCUUUACUGUUUCAAUUUUGUACUGAAAUAUCAAUUAAAUUUUGCGAAAAUAAACACUAAAAAUACUCGUACUCUUAAAAUAUAGCCGAUCAGAAAAAAAUAUAUAGGUUUAUAGGUAUAAUUAAAAUCAAUAAAUUAAUAUUCGUUGUAUUGCGAUAUAUAAAUAAUUAUCUAUCUAUAUUGUUAAGAGAAUCUAAUCAUUAAAUUUUCUUAUUAUAUCCAA